AUGGCCGGGAAAUCUGGGGACUUCCCUACUCCCGCGCCCAGGCCCUGGCGAGACCACCUGAGUUCCCCCGAGAAUCCCACCCUGCCGUCGCCACCUCCGCCCCCACCGCUCAGCGCCUCGUCUCCGGGGUCCGCGGCCGGACCGGGCCUAGCGGGCGGCCGAGCCCUGCCGCCCCCGUCCAGCGGCCCUGAGCCCGGCCGCCCCCGGGGUGGACUGGAAGUGUCCCAGGCCCACCGGCCGGGCCGCCCGCUGCCGGGGGUCCGGGGCCCGGGGAGGAGGACGCGGCCGGUGGUGGCCCUGAGGCCCGGCGGUGGAGGCCAGGAAGUGACCUUGGAGCUGGGGACAGGGGCAGCGGCCCCCUCGGCCCCGGGAGACCGCGGUGUCCAGCUACCCUUGGGAGCAGUGUCCCCAGCUGUUGAGCGGCUUCAGAACAUCCUGGGGGAAGACGAUGAGGGCCCCAACCCCACCCUGUUCACGGAGAUGGACACCCUGCAGCACGACGGCGAUGAGAUGGAGUGGAAAGAGUCCGCCCGGUGGGUGAAGUUCGAAGAGAAGGUGGAAGAAGGAGGAGAGCGUUGGAGCAAGCCCCAUGUAUCCAGCCUGUCUCUGCACAGCCUGUUUGAGCUGCGAGCCUGCCUCCAAACGGGAACCGUGCUGCUGGACCUCAAUGGCCAUUCCUUACCUCAGAUCAUAGAUGAUGUCAUCGAGAAGCAGAUCGAGGACGGGCUCCUCAAGCCGGACCUGAGGGACAAGGUCAGCUACGUCCUCCUGAGGAAACACCGCCACCAGACCAAGAAGCCUAUCCACCGCUCCUUAGUGGACAUUGGCAAGUCCGUGUCGUCCACCACCAACCGCAGUCCGGCCCGCAUCCCUCCAGCCGCAACCAAUCUCCGCCGUUCUACUGAGGAUCUGAGGAUCAGGCAGAAAGCAAACUACGGACGUUUGCGCCACGCGCAGAGCAGGAGCAUGAACGACAUUUCUGUCACGCCCAAUACGGACCAGCUGAGGAACAAGUUCAUGAAGAAAAUCCCCAAGGACGCGGAGGCCUCCAACGUGCUGGUGGGCGAGGUGGCCUUCCUGGACCAGCCCCUGGUGGCAUUCGUGCGCCUGGUCCAGUCCAUCCUGCUGGGCGGGGUGACCGAGGUGCCCGUGCCCACCCGCUUCCUGUUCAUCCUGCUGGGACCAGCUGGGAAAGCAAAGUCCUACAACGAGAUCGGAAGAGCCAUCGCAGCUCUCAUGGUGGACGAGUUGUUCAGCGACGUGGCCUACAGAGCCCGGACCCGCGAAGACCUGAUCGCCGGCGUGGACGAGUUCCUGGACGAGGUCAUCGUCCUGCCGCCCGGAGAGUGGGACCCCAACAUCCGCAUCGAACCCCCAAAGAAGGUGACCUCCGCCGACAAGAGGAAAUCAGUGCUCCCGCUCCACGAGCUGGGCCAGAUGAACGGCUCGGUGGGAGGGGGCGGCGGGGGAGGGCCAGGGGGCGCGGGCAGCGGGGGCGAAGAUGGAGAGAUGCCCGCCGCCCACGAGAUCGGCGAGGAGCUCCUGUGGACCGGAAGGUUCUGCGGCGGCCUGUUCCUGGACAUUAAGAGGAAGUGGCCCUGGUUCCCCAGCGACUUCUACGAUGGUUUCCACCUCCAGUCGGUGUCGGCGGUCCUCUUCAUCUACCUGGGCUGCAUCACCAACGCCAUCACCUUCGGCGGCCUCCUGGGCGACGCCACCGAUAACUACCAGGGCGUGAUGGAGAGCUUCCUGGGCACGGCCAUGGCCGGCUCCGUCUUCUGCCUGUUCGCCGGGCAACCCCUCAUCAUCCUCAGCAGCACGGGCCCCAUCCUCAUUUUCGAGAAGCUCCUCUUCGACUUCAGCAAGGGCAACGGGAUCGACUACAUGGAAUUCCGGCUGUGGAUCGGCUUGCACGCGGCCCUUCAGUGCCUGGCUCUGGUGGCGGCCGACGCCAGCUUCAUCGUCCAGUACAUCACCCGCUUCACCGAGGAGGGCUUCUCCUCCCUCAUCAGCUUCAUCUUCAUCUACGACGCCGUCAAGAAGAUGGUCGGGGCCUUCCAGUACUUCCCCCUCAACAGGGACUUCAAGCCCGACGACAUCACCACCUACAGGUGCCAGUGCGUCGCCCCGGACGCAGUGAAUACGACGUUGUUCAACACUUCAGCUCCGCUGGCACCCAACAUCACUAACAGUUCUCUGUCCGAUCCCGUCAACCUGACAGCUCUGGACUGGAGCCAGCUGAGCAAGAAGGAGUGUCUCAAGUACGGCGGGAGCCUCCUGGGUCCCUCCUGCAAAUUUGUCCCCGACCUGGCCCUCAUGUCCUUCAUCCUCUUCUUCGGGACCUACUCCAUGACCCUCACCCUGAAGAAAUUCAAAUUCAGCCGCUAUUUUCCCACGAAGUUCCGAGCCCUGGUCGCUGAUUUUUCCAUCGUCUUCUCCAUCCUGAUAUUCUGUGGGAUCGAUGCCGGCUUUGGAUUGGAGACCCCCAAGCUGCACGUCCCCAGUGUCAUCAAGCCCACCCGCGUGGACCGGGGCUGGCUCAUCUUCCCGUUCGGGAAAAACCCGUGGUGGAUUUACCCAGCCAGCGCCCUGCCGGCCCUCCUGGUGACCAUCCUCGUCUUCAUGGACCAGCAGAUCACCGCCGUCAUCGUCAACAGGAAAGAGAACAAGCUCAGGAAAGCAUCGGGCUACCACCUGGACCUGCUGUGGGUGGGGCUGCUGCUGGGCGUCUGCUCCUUCCUGGGCUUGCCCUGGUACGUGGCCGCCACCGUCAUCUCCAUCGCCCACAUCGACAGCCUCAAGAUGGAGACCGAGACCAGCGCGCCCGGAGAGCAGCCGCAGUUCCUGGGCGUCAGGGAGCAGAGAGUGACAGGCCUCAUCGUUUUCAUCCUUACCGGGACCUCCGUCUUCCUGGCUCCCAUCCUGAAGUACAUCCCCAUGCCAGUGCUCUACGGAGUCUUCCUAUACAUGGGGGUGGCUUCUCUCAACGGCAUCCAGUUCUGGGAUCGUUGCAAGCUGUUCCUGAUGCCCGCCAAGCACCAGCCGGAUUACGCCUUCCUACGCCACGUACCGCUGAGGCGGGUUCACCUCUUCACCCUGGUGCAGGCCCUCUGCCUGGCCGUCCUCUGGGCCCUCAAGUCCACCGUGGCCGCCAUCGUCUUCCCCGUCAUGAUCCUGGGCCUGAUCAUCGUGCGCAAGAUGCUGGACCUGGUCUUCUCGCAGCACGACCUCGCCUGGGUGGACAACAUCAUCCCCGAGAGGGAGAAGAAGAAGGAACGGGACCCCCGGACCCCCCGGGCCCCCGGCCGCGACGGGAAGGGCGGCGGCCGCGGGACCGAGAGGAGGAGGAGGAGGAGGAGGAGGGCGGCCGGGGGCGCCGCGCUGGCCCACGGCGAAGCCGAGGUGGGGAGGCCUCGGCCGACGGCGGGGGACGGGGCAGAAGGGGCGGGGAGGGGGCUUCUCCCACCCCCAGAGGCUUUAGGUCUGCAGCGGCGGCUCCGGCCGGCCCCGCCGCGGGGCAGACGUCAGGUCGGCACGGUUGGCCCGCAACGGUCGGUCCUGCGCGACCGCGGGGUCGGCGCCGCCAUCGGUUACCACGAGGCCGCGACGGCCGGCCCGGCCGCGCUGCCGGGAUGGGUCCUGCACGGCCCCGCCACUCUGGCCCCCGCAGCGCUCAAGUCCCCGGGGUGGCGUCAAGGGUCAGUGGGGCGGCGGGCGCCGGGAUGGGGCCGCUGA